ACCCCGCGUUCGGCCGCGCAGACGCCGGCGCGCCUCUUCGGCCCCCCGCCCCCGCGUCCGGCCGUGCAGACGCCGGCGCGCCUCUUCGCCGCCCCCCCUCCCACCAAAACGUUGGACCGCCUGCUGCCUGACGUCGGAGCCCCGCCCCCAUGACGACAUCACCUUCGGUGGGGGUCUAUUCCAAAUCACUGAUGGAGUCUGGGCCGGAUUCUGUUAGACAGGAGCCUGGGCCGUUUAUUGCGCCAUCGCUGGAGGAGCUGCUGCCGCAGCUAUCCCUUGAGGAGCGGGUACGAUUGCAGAGUCACCUACACGAGCACGAGCGCAAAGUGAAGCGAUGGAGUAAGUGUCCUACAUUACCUUCGGGCCGGUCAGAAAGAAAGCGCGACACCACCAUCAUGCCUCACGUCCGCCACGCUCUCCACUAUUACAAUGCCAGGCACCCGGGUGACGAGUUUGAUGCUGUGAAGCCUCUGAUGGAAUCCAGAGCUAGUUUCAGGAAACAGCUGUGGGCUCACGUCAACUUCUGGGCUCGCAGUCGCAAAAGCAACAAAAUCAAGCGCUUCUUCGCUGAGGUGCACUACAACCCAAAACCUAUUGUUGAAGUGUGCACCAUCAUCGAAGAGCCUCUUGACCGGUACAGGAGGAGCUGCGCAUUCUGUCCUGGCAACCGGGACAUUUUGCACCCUGUUGGUUCCCGUAAGUUUGUUUGUGGAAAUGAUAAGGACCGGAUGGUACAACAAUUCAAGCCUCGUACAUUCUCUGAAUUUCGUGGAAUGCCAUUCACUUGCUGCCCGAGUUCGGCCUCCUCCAACGUUCAAGAGGAAGUAGGAAAGAGAGUAUUCUGAACUGGGUCCCUUGGAUGCUCAUUGUGGCCGUCUUUAGUUCCUAACCAUGUCGAUCAAUUCAGGUCACAUUAGCAGAUAUAUGGAAUAAACAUUCGUAGAUGUUGUGCAGACGUAGAAAUGGUAUGCGAUCUUUGGAUAUUGUUGUUCUAAGCUUGUACUAUGUGUUUGCAUUAGCUAAAGAAUGCAAUGGAUCAUGUCAGGUGACAUUUAGCAGAUAUAUGGAAUAAAUAGUUGUAGAUGUUGUACAGCCAUAGAAAUGGUAUGCGAUCUUUGGAUAUUGUUGUC